CUUGCUUGCAGAUCCAGUUCAGAAUUCAUCUCAUUUUGGACCGAGGACAUAUUGAAUUGAUGAAGGAUUGAAGAACUUGUCACACGAUGGCAGAACGCCAGCCACGUACCCGGACGCAAAUUCUAAAGGAGAGUGUGGAGGAGAAAAUCAACCACUUCAAAAACCUUGCAAGCCAACAAGGUCUGACAAGAUCCGACAUCGAUGACUGCAUCAUUUUAGCACUCAAGGCUAACAAAAGACAGUCAAAACCGGCUUCAAAAUUAUGGAGAAAUCUAGCUCAAGGGACAAUCAUCUUUUCAGUCAUCUUGCUCUGUCUAUGGGUUGUAAUCAUUAACCACAAACCAACCAAGCAAUUCUUUGAACUCCUGUUUUUUAAGACGUCUUAUCCGGUAAUGAGAGCUGUUCGAUUGUUAAGUCUACCUCUUGCAAGGAGGGUCGAUUUAAGUUACAUCUAUUACUCAGAAUGUGCCUUACCGAACCCCCUGUAUCAUGGUGCUACUGAUUUUCCCGACUGCUAUCCAUGCACAGUUGUGUCUAGUAUUGAAGUCAUCGAAGGUGCUUCAGGCUAUUUUAGUUUCGGACGUCCUUUCAUGUUUAAGGAUCCAAAAGUCAAUCAGUUCACAUAUGACGAGCUACAGACAUGGCACAGUAAAAACCAGAAGAUUUUCAGCCAAACCAGAGCGGAUCAUAUUCAAUCUUCCAAUCCAUUUGUGCAUUCAACAGCUGAUGUAUUUACAGAAGAGAGAGUUGAGGAUGAUCUUGAACAGUCUCCAUUUUCAUUUGAGUGGAGAGUAGCCAGUGCUGGUAGUGUGCGUCUGGUAAGGAACCUUUGUGGUAAACCGAGCUUUAUUCCUUCUGGGUCAGAGGUCAUUCCUGAGAUGUUCCUCGUCAUCGAUUCUUCCUCAUCUUAUCCUCAUAAUAUGCCUAAACCGUCUUUCCCUGGCUAUGCCUGGAUAUCACAAUCUCACGGAUCAAGAGAGAUAGUCUUGUCUCCAGUCCCACAAUGCAAGAACAACUGCACGGACGUCUCACUCUUACUGGAACCCGGCAAUGUUUUGUUCCUUGAUACAAGAUACUGGGAGCUUCAGUCCUUUCCAUUCGGAGAUGGCGGCAUCAGCGUGUCCUGUCUUGGCUCCUUUGCAUGAUCAGGGCAGUGUCUAACUAAGAGUUACGGUUGAUCCAGUCAAUUACAAUUGAUUUUUAAAAAAGGAAAUUUGCACAAAGUCCUUUGUAAGCAAAGAGAAACACAGUGAAAUUUUCAAGAAAACAAUGAAUGCAGGAAUAUACGUCAAAGCUAGAAAAUAUUUUUAAGUAACCAAACAAGCAGAACAGACGUUGUUGACGUUGCUGGCCGUCCAUAGUUGAGAUUGAUUGGAUCAAUCGCAUCUCUUUGUAAGAUGGGGGCCCAGAGGUAUCAUCCCAGUCUAAGCUUGAACCUUCAAUAGUUGAUGCGUAAACUGGGAUGACCAGGGCCCCGUUGUACAAAGAGUUGUGCUUGAUCCGAUCGAUCGCAUCUAUGGACAGCCAGCAAUGUCAACAUCUAUUAUGCAUGUUUGUUCAAAAUAUUAUCUAGGUAUGAUGUACAGUCGUCCUCAAAUUUAUUCAUACCCUUGUUGAUAUUUGUGAUUUUUCAUGUUUGUGAUGAAAUGUAUGCAUUUUAUCAAGUUUCUCUAUGAUUUAUGUGUGACCGACUACAUGUAGUGAAA